AUGAUUACUGGGACUGUUUUGGUUGGCAAUCAUUCCCUGUUUCAGAUUUAUGUUAUCUAUGCUUCUAACAGUGCUUCUGACAGAAAGGAUCUUUGGACUUCUAUUAGCAUGGUAGCUCCCUCUAUUGACACUCCUUGGGGAAUUAUUGGGGACUUCAAUUGUUGUCAUUUUGCCACUGAAAAAUUUGGAGGUUCUGCUCAUCAUCAUUCUGCUUUGGUAGAUAUUAAUAAUAUGAUAUUUACUAAUGGUCUGGUGGAUUUACAUUCGGUUGGUUUCUACUAUACUUGGUUUAAUCAACGCACUGAGAAUCCUAUUUUUAUUAAAUUAGAUAGGGCUCUCGUUAAUGAGGAGUGGAUGAAGAAGUUCCCUAAUGCUUACUACUCUUUUCAAAGUCCGUCCUGUUCGGACCAUUCUCUUAUUAUAUUGCAUCCGAGUGUUAGUUUUCACUCUCACCAUAGAUUUCUUUUUAAGAAUUUUUGGAUUAAACAUGAUAGAUAUUGGACUCAUCUUUUAAAGGCCUCCAUGCCUAUGAUUGGUAACCCUUUAUCCCAUCUUUGUAAUGUUCUCAGGCAUUUAAAAGGUGACAUUAAAAAUGAACAUUGGGCUAACUCACAUACUAUCAAUAUGCAACUGGAUUCUCUUCAUGCCAAGCAACUGGAUCUUUUAGAACUUAUCCAGGCUACUCCUACAGAUGCUUCUCUUUGUGCCUCCCUUAAAGACACUAACCUCAAAAUUUCUGAAGUGUCUUCCACGCUUGCUAGUUGGAUUAUUCAAAGGGCUAAGAUUAACUGGCUAUAUCAUGGUGAGGAUGACCUUAAAUUUCUUAAUGCAAAAAUCAGGAGUAGAAUGGGAAGCACUAAAUAUGUUGUCAACUUAUUUGCUCGCAAUCCAAACAUUGCUAGGGAGGAGGUGCUCCAAUCCAUUCUUAUGUAUUUUCAGGAUAUGUUUAACCCUCCUCCUACUUGCAUGAAUAUGGAUUUUUUUCCAAUUGGUGUUUUUCUUUCUGAUAACCAUGCUAACUUGCUUAUUACUCCUAUUUUGGAUGAUGAAAUUAGAGCAGCAGUUUUUAAGGGUUCUUCAAAAUCUGCUCCUGGACCUGACGGCUUUAACUAUCACUUUUACAAAUCUGGUUGA